AUCAGCAUCUAGUCCGCGCGUCCUUCCCCCUCGCAAUUCCUCCGCCUCACACCCCCAUCCUUUCAUUUUUUACUUCUUCUAGGGACUAUCUCCUGGUGAGCGUAACUGGUCCUAGGCGCGGUCGUCGAGAGACCGCCCAUCGUCCCAAUGAGGCCUUUUACCGCACUCACUGCCCUGUGCGGGCUGUUCCUAUCCAGCACCAGCUUGGCCAAUGCUGAGUCGACAGCGCCUAGCUCGCGAGUGGCUCUUCCUCGCGAGUUCAAGGCCCCCCAAGUGUUCAAGAACGUAAAUCUCGUCCGGAACACCAAUCUGGAGAAGGGAUAUCUGCGUGAAACGGUCAAUGUGGUCGUCGAGAACGUGGACAAACAGCCGCAGAGCGACUACUACUUGUCCUUCCCAUCCAACCUCUACGACAAGGUCGGAGCGCUGGAAGUCCGCGACAAGUCGGCCCCGGAGCAGGGGAGAUUUGAUGUAGAAGCUACUGAGUUUGACUCGAACAGUGACUUCCAGUACUUUGUUGUACAUUUUCCCCAACCUCUGGCCCCUUCAUCGCAGAUCACUCUGGGAAUCUCCUACUCUGCUCUCAACAGCCUGAGCCCGCGUCCUGCAACCAUCAACCAGAAUGAUCGCCAGUACCUCGCCCACUCCUUCUCCGCCUACGCCCCCUCGGCUUAUACGACGGUAGCACAAAAGACCAAGCUCAAGUUCCCCAGCACGAACGUUCCCGAUUAUACAACCACUGAUCUCACCUCGGGCACGGAUCCGGAGCGCCAGGGUACCAGCUACACGUAUGGGCCCUACGACACGGCAAAUGUCGCCCCCGGGACGACCUACCCGAUCAGUGUCCGCUAUGAGUUCACCAAGCCCGUAUUAACUGCCUCGUUGCUGGAGCGGGACUUGGAAGUGUCCCACUGGGGCGGUAACCUGGCGACGGAAGAGCGCUACUGGCUGCGCAACAACGGCUCCCAGCUCACGAAUAACUUCAACCGCGUGGAGUGGACUCUCAGUACAUACCAGCAGUUACCGUCCUCCGCUAUUCGCGAGCUGAAGUACCCGCUGAAGCCCGGCUCCGUGGACCCGUAUUUUACCGACGACAUUGGCAACGUCUCCACGAGCCGUUACCGCCCCGGAAAGGUCCCGAAUCGAGAGGGAUCCUUGGAGCUUCGCCCCAGGUACCCGAUCUUCGGAGGAUGGAACUACAGCUUCCGUAUUGGGUGGAACAACGAGCUUUCCGCGUUUCUUCGCCGGGCUGUCACAGGCGCCGAUUCGUACGUGCUGAAGGUUCCCUUCAUCGAGGGACCCAAAGUUUCCGAGGGAAUCCAGUACGAGAAGGUCGUCGUGCGGGUGGUUCUCCCCGAAGGUGCCCGGAACGUCCAUUAUGAGCUUAUCGAGAAGGCCUCCAGCAAUGGUCUUCCCAGUGCCAGUCAGAUCGAGUCCCAACUGUCUAGCCACAAGACUUUCAUGGAUACCCUGGGACGCACGGCGCUGACAUUGACCGUGGAGGAUCUCACAGACGAGGCUCGUGACUCUCAAUUAGUGAUCACGUAUGAUUACUCCCUGUGGGAUGGACUGCGCAAGCCGGUAACCAUCACGGCUGGCCUGUUUACCGUAUUCGUUGCGGCGUGGGCUAUUGGAAACAUUGACGUGAGUAUCAAGAAGCGGUAGGUGGGAGGUGGAUGUAUCAUAUGUUUCAAUUAUACCAGAC